AGUAGAGCAUCUAGUCUCCGGGUACACCUAACAAACUGCUUCUACAGCAGUUGUAAAUUGAAGUGAAAGAAGAAAAAAAGCACAAAAUGGAGAUUGAAGUUAGUAAAUCUUACAGCAGCCAUAAUCUGAAAGUAUGGAUCAAAGCCAAAGCGAAGAGAAUGAUCAGAAAGCAGAAUAAGUACCAAUCGAACAAAGAUUAUGCUGCGAUGGCCAUGUCAAUGAUGAGACGAGGAGAAGAUGAUGAGGAGGAACUAGAGAGGAUAAGAGAGGAGCAGGAGGAAAGGAGGGAGAAGAACAGAAUAUGGAGGGAAAACAGGGAGAGAGAGAGGAGAAGGAGAAGGGGAGAGGUGUCGGAUGAUGAGGAUAAGGAGGAGGAGGAGGAAGUCAAAUCAGAAGUUUGUCCAGUUUUCGAGGUUCGAUAUCUUUUCAAGUGUUCCUCAUGCCAGGUCGAACUUUCAGGACGGAUCUGGCAAUGUGGGUUGGGUCAUCCGGUCUGUAGAAACUGUGUGGAUGAAACCUUACUUAAGGAUGACUCUUCACAGACCGGAACCAUAUCAACCAUGGAUGGUAGAUCCACAACAUCGGACAAUUCCCUGAAAGGUUUAAUAGAACGAAUGAGUGAGAAUGAACUUCUAAAUUUCCUGGAUUCAACUUCGGAUUCAUCCAGUCACGUGACCUUCAGUGGUCCAACCCUAGCGGAGAGAAAUAUUCCUGAGAUUGAUUGGUUUCUUAAUACUCUAGAUAUCAGGAAGGAUGCUAUUAAACCUUACUAUGAUUAUCACAGUGAGGAAGCAAAGGAAAGAGCAAUGCAGGAGAUCAGGGAAGAAAUGGAAAGGAAAAAGAGAAAAGAAGAAGAAGAAGCAGAAGAUACAGAUACUAAUACAGAAGAUGACGAGUGGAGCACCAUCCCUAAAGACGAGAUUGAAAUGUUAAGAUUCGCCGAGGCUAAGAAAGCCCGACUAGCUGCUCUUUUCGAAUCCGACUCCGGGUCUGUUGCAGAUACGGUAGAUACUCUAUCAUCCGUCCUCACCUUUAGCAAACCAACACCAGAAAUAGUUCCAGUAGAUUUUUUCGCAGACACCAUUGAGGUGAAGAAGGAUGUGAUCCAACCCUACUUUGAUUACAAUGUUCCCUUCGAGGAGGUGAAGAAUGUCAAGAUCUCCGACGAGGUUGAGAUCAUGGUGAGCGAGGAUGAAGAGGAGUUGGAUUCUGUCUCCGUGAUUGCUGUUAGGAACUCCAGACGGAGUGGUAUUUGUAAAAUCUGCUCGACUCCGCUAAUCGGAAGAAAUCAUUAUAUCGAGAAUUUAACUAAACUUGUGUUCGAAUGAUUUCUUUACUUAACAAUUGUUUAUACUGGGUUACCCGCAAAGAAUGAGAUUUCAAGAGACGUCUUUACAGAAUUCAUUAUUUUCUAUAAUUUAUUAUUUCUAUAGUUGUUAAAUUGUUUCUUUUAUUUACAAAUCAUGGAAUAAGUCAGGAAAUGACAAUAUUCAAGGCAUAAGACGUGUAGACCCUUAGAAUUGUUAUAUUUAAAAAGUUUCUGGUCGUCUUUUUGGUCUCAUCCUUCGUGGGGAACCCUGCAUUGUCUGUGCAGCAUAAAGAUUUCAAAAGUCGUCUUCUCAAAACAUUUUUAUAAAAUAGUACAGAGUGUCCUACGAAACGUGUUUCGUGGGAUACCCUGUAAAAAAUUUUAAAAACACAACAAUAAAAUUUGUAAAUUAUGAUAACCAAUCUUGAGAUUAUAAUAAAUUAUGUACC